CCCCCACUCCGUCCCUAAAUUUGUCCCAAUUCCUCCUUUAUUCCCUUAUAAUUUUCUUGGUUCUUGCUGUUUGAUUCUACGCCCCCUUCGCUUUUCGCCCAUAUUUUUCCCCCUAAAUCUCAUAAUUGAUGGAUUAUUUAGCAAAGGAAUCGUUUUUUAGUUCUUUUUUGCGGUAAGAAAUCGCUAUUUUUUUUUUUUUUUGCAAGAUUUUUUUGGGAUCAAAGAAAUCCAGAGAUUGAAUUUUCUCGGUGGGUUGGUUUGGAUGGACGAAAUUGAAGAACUGCAUUGGUGGCCUGCAACAGCGUCAUGUGGUAAAGGUAUUUUGGUGGAGUUUGGGAAGCAAUGCUGUCAUCUCUUUUAAAAUCUAUUCCAAGCAGAAUUUUAUAUUGGUGGGGUUAAAUUGUUUAUUUCUGGUAUGAUUUUCUGCCUCUUCUUCUUUCUUUCUUCAUCGCCUUAUUUUUUUCUUCUUAAAAUUAUGCGGGUCUGGGCAUGCUUUGCAAUACUGAUCAUUGGUUUUUUGCUUUUUGGUGCAUGGAGGAGUAUUUUUGUGGGGGAUUUGUUGAGCUUAUGGUGCACCUUUGAGGGGAACGAAUUUGGUAAUUUUAUUGUUAGUCCAUGCACCUCUGCUUGUGAUCAGCAGGAGUUUUGAAUUCGAUGAUUUUGGUUUUCUCAUUUUGUGAGAACCUGAUUGGGCUUGGAGUUUCGCUGUACUAGGAAAAAUAUUUUCUUUCUUUUUCCUUGUUUUUUUCCCCUCUAAGAGUGGAGCGGUAUGUUUCGUGAGAGGGUAAACUCUGCAGUAACCAUAAUUCAGUGAUCUCUUUUAGUCGUUUUAGUGUUGAACACUAAAACUUAGUAACUUCCUUGUUAGUCCUUGUUCAUUUGGAUAUGAUAUCUAAAGGUCUUAGUUUUCAGCAAUUGUUUUCUAGUUUAAAUUGAACACGAUUGAGCUUUGUUUUCAUAUUGAAUUCUCUGAUUGUUAUGUUAGCUGAUCUUUUUUCUGCAUGUUAUGGAGGCAUUUCUAAUAUUAGACAGCUGAGAUAUGAUGGUGAAGAGAGUCCUGUUUAUGAUUAAGCAGCAUGCAUGGUAGGACACGGAACAAGGGCUAAGCAAUCUUCAAUAGAUUGGUUCCACGAAACAAAAUGAAGUGCUUGUUUUCCGGGGAACAAUUGAGAGUGAAUGAAUUGAUUCGGUCGUCUGAGUCUGUGGCCACCAAGGACUGCUCAGCCAGUGGGUAUUCUUCUCAAAAUGGUGAGGGUGAGCAGAGGCUUGACACUGGCAACAUUGAAGAAGCUGAAUAUUCUCUUCGUGACGGCAUAUGUCUGAACUAUGAGGAAGCGAGGGCAUUGCUUGGAAGGUUAGAAUAUCAAAGAGGAAAUAUAGAAGCUGCACUUUGUGUAUUUAAUGGAAUAGACAUUGCUGCAAUAGCCCCUAAGAUGAAAAUAUCCAUUUCUAAAAGAACAAAAUGUUGCAAGUCUCGUUCACACUGGGAUGCGCCACCGAUGUCCAUACAUGCUGUUAGUCUGCUUGUUGAAGCAAUAUACCUUAAAGCAAGAGCACUGCAAGAUCUUGGCAGGUUUAAAGAAGCUGCUCAAACAUGCAACAUUAUUCUGGAUACUGUAGAAACUGCAUUGCCUGAAGCCUUACCUGAAAACUUUACUGCUGAUUGUAAAUUACAGGAGACUGUGUGCAAGGCAGUUGAGUUGCUCCCAGAGCUAUGGAAACUGGCUGGCUUCUCGCAUGAAGCCAUCUCAUCAUUCCGGAGGGCCCUUCUUAGUCACUGGAACCUUGAUUCUGAGACUGUUGCAAAGAUACAAAAAGAAUUUGCUAUUUUUCUUCUUUAUGGAGGUUGUGAUGCAAGUCCUCCUGACCUCCGUUCCCAAAUGGAUGGUUCUUUUAUACCUAGAAACAAUACAGAAGAGGCUAUUCUUCUAUUGAUGAUUCUCCUGAGGAAGUUUUCUCUUAAGAAGGUUGAGUGGGACCCAUCUGCCAUUGAUCACCUCAUUUUUGCUCUAUCGGUAUCUGGCCAGUUAAAUUCUCUUGCAAAUCAGAUUGACGAGUUAUUACCUGAUGUCUUGGAGAGGAAAGAAUGCUAUUAUACACUUGCAUUAUGUUACUUAGGGGAAGGUGAUAAUUUAACUGCUUUGAACCUACUGAAAAAGCUACUGAGAGCCAGGGAGGACCCAAACUGUGUUAAAGCAUUAUUGCUAGCUUCAAAGGUUUGUGGGGAGAACUCUGCUUAUGCAGAAGAAGGUGUUUCUUUUGCACGCAGGGCACUUUCUAAUUUGCAUAGAGGUUGUGAUCAAAUGGACAGUGUUGCCAACUGUCUACUUGGUAUUUCUAUUUCAGCUCAAGCUAGAUCUUCUACCUCCGAUUCAGAUAGAGUUUCUCGGCAGGCUGAGGCACUUGCGGCUUUGGAGAAGGCUGAACAAAUGAUGCUUGGAAAAGAUCAUAGGAUUUUAUUUAAUCUCAGCCUAGAAAAUGCUGAGCAGAGGAAGUUGGAUGCAGCACUUCAUUAUGCAAAGCAGCUUUUGAAAUUCGAAGCUGGAUCAAAUGUCAAGGAAUGGAUUCUUUUAAUUCAAAUAUUGUCUGCUCAAAAAAGGUUUGUUGAUGCUGAGACUAUAGUGAACGCUGCUUUGGAUCAGACUGGCAAAUGGAGCCAGGGAGAGCUAUUGAAAACUAAAGCUAAAAUUCAGAUUGCACAGGGGCAACUGAAGAAUUCAAUUGACACGUACGCUCACAUUCUUUCCAUUAUUCACCUACAGGCCAAAAGCUCUAGUAUUGCGAUAAAGUCUUCAAAGGGUGGAAAAUGUGACAGAAAUUUGGAAAUGGAGACGUGGCUUGAUCUGGCUAAUGUCUACAUAAGUAUGUCGCAGUGGAGGGAUGCUGAAGUUUGUCUUUCAAAAUUAAAGGGCAUUAGUCCAUUGUCUGCAUUAGGGUGGCAUGCUACAGGGAAGCUGUAUGAAGGAAAAGGCCUGCACAAAGAAGCUCUAGGAGCUUAUACCAAAGCGCUAGAUUUAGAGCCCACACAUGUUGCAAGCUUGAUCUCUACAGCGACUGUUCUGAGAAAGAUUGGUGAUUGGCCAAUGGCUGUCGUGAGAAGUUUCUUGACUGAUGCACUGUGGCUGGACAGAACUAACCAUAUUGCUUGGUUUAAUCUAGGUCUGCUUUAUAAAUCUGAGGGUGGCAGAUCAGUACUCGAGGCCGCUGAGUGUUUUCAGGCUGCUGCUCUUCUUGAGGAGACUGCACCAGUUGAACCAUUCAGAUGACUUCUUUUCUAAUGGAGGAAUUUUACUCUGUAAGCUAUUGUACGCCUACAAGGAUACAUUCAUUUCUAUAAAAUACUAUCAUAUUGCAGUUCAGAAAUUGUGGCUCUGGAAAAACUGUCAAACGUAAACAUGGUGUGACUUCAAUGUUCAUAGUUGUUUGUAUUUUCUGGAAUAAUUAGGCAUUUUUGAGGGUUAACAAACAAGAUAUUCUUAUUUAAAUAAGCUAUAGUUGAAGUUUGAUUCAGAAAGGAGAACUGAACUAAAGGUGAUGAGUUCAAAGAACAUAGGUUCUCAAUUAAGGAUAUGGAGUAGUUUUGUUGAUAAUUUUUUGCGAAACAAAGGUUUUAUUGAUAAUUUGUGGUGGAACAAAGUGAUCUAAAGAGAAAUAUAACAUUAUAGGUCACAUCUUUCAUAAUGCACCAAUCAGACCAACAUCUUUAAACUGUAGGACUUGGCACUUCCUAGUUCUAAAGCACCAAUAACUCUUUUUCUUUAUCUUAGCAAACAGAGUAGCCCUUGGCAUCCAUAUAUGAACAAAGAUUCUUUUUUCAAGAUUUUUUUUUUUGAAUGGCCCAUUGUAGAUAAAUCUGUUGGAGAGGAGAGGAUCAACCUGGAACCUAAUGUUACAUGUGAAAAACACUCUUGCUUGCUUAUGUUCACUAGCAGAUACUCAUGCUUAUAUCCAGAAAUAGUCUUUGCUGCUUUGUAAGUGGCGCAUGCAUUCCAUGUCACAUGGAUCCGUUGUUUUCUGAAGUUUCUAGUUACAUUAAUCUUGAAAAAGCUAAUUCCUGAUUCUUAACAUGUGAAUAUUUUUGCUCGUCAUGCUUUUAUUUGAUGUCAUAAACCUGGAUAAAAAGUUGAACACAGGCAUGGUGUGCCCAUCUUUAGUGUCGUAAAAUUUAAUAUAUUUACUAUUUCAAAUAAUAUCAUUUUAGAAUAAACAUCAAGUCCCGCAUUUAUCUCUUGGAACCAUCAAAAUUUCAUUGGACUCAUCAUCAUUUCAUCACUGAAUGUUUCUUGUUACAGCUAGAAAAAAUACUCUCUCUUAUUAAAUUGAGUUAUAGCCUUAUAUGCCGCACAUGCUUGCUAUCAAGUUGAAUAGGACCAAAAAAAGUAUAUUUGAGAUAGAGGGACUUGGAGGAUGUUUAUUUGUGCUCAGUGAAGUGCAGAUAUCUUAUUAUUGUAUCAGCUUCCAUGAAAGUUGGAAAGGCAACUAGAAUUUUGUCAGGUACACAAUUUUCACUAAAAAACUGUGGGCAUAAUGUAUCCCAAAGCAGCUCGAAUUUUUUCAAAGAAGAAAAGUUUAAGGCUGCAUUUUUGUGGAGAGAGAAUUAGCCCUUCAUACAGUGGAUCUUUAUUUAGGAACAAUCUAAAGUGAAAAUGUGAAAUACGGACUCUUCAGGGGAAAAGUCAUAGGAAAUCUUAAUUCAAUAUCAUCUUGGAAUCAUUUGUGUCCCAAUGCAAUCUACUUCUGUCUGUGUUUUCAAACAAUCAUUUUGUUGCUUGCAAGACUCUAACCUGCUCGUUAUUUUUCCAGAGGGUUCUUAGUCCUCUAGGAUUCAGUUCAGUCCUGCCCUAAGUGGGUUGUGCUAGUGAUGUAAGUGCUCGUUUCCUUCUUUGUGAUAAGAAUCUUUGAAGGUGUAAGGCUUAAACUGAGGAUUGAUCUAUGAAAUAAACAAAAAGAUAAAUAAGUAAUGCCAUGUUAGGAUGGAAGUUAGUAACUUAUAGAUUAAAGAUUUCAGCUUUCUUUUUUUUUGACAUUAAUUCAGCCUAACUAAUGCCAGUAUUUUAUUUGUGGAGCAAAAAGAAUCAGUAAAUUUCCACCUUAAUCUGAAUGGUUCGGCAAUGAUUUCCUUGUAUGUUAGGGCUUAGGGACGUCUUUGUUCUGCAAGAUGAACAAUUGGCAGUGGUUUCAAUCAAUAUUCUGUGAUGGUUUGUGGGAUCUAGCAUAUAGAAAAUCCAUUAUCUUAGGAAGAAAUAUUAUUUAAGCAAACAUACCAAGUUUAUUGCUGGUUGAUUGCUUUUGGAUAAUUGGACCAUAUUAUCUUAUCAAGUUGGUUUGCCUAUGUAUUAUUUAAUAGCCGAAUGUUUAGUUCAUUGGGAAGUCCAGAUAAUACAACGACUUUUAUUGGCUUAACCUUCUUCUUUUGUUUAGGAUAGUAAGAUAUAAAAGGUCGAAUCACCUGGCAUGCCAUUUUAGGUAUAUACAAGGUUGUCUACAGAUCUCCACAGCUUUAAUAGUGGAUGAUUGCCAAACUCUUUUCUUCUCCGCAAGCAAUGUUUGGAGCUUUUUCUUUAAUACUUCCCAGCAAAUAUAUAGUUCUAUGUGCCCCUUCAAAACUUGUAGGUAGAACAUGAAGAUACAUAAAGAGGACUACUUUGAUUAAUCAGGAGGAAAGGCCACUAAGAUAAUUUUUGAGCUAUUCAGCUGGUUGAUUCUUUAUAAAGUGGUUGAGCUGAGCUAAUGUACCUGCUGUCAGAAAUCUCUUUUUCAGAAUCCUAUGUGGAAGCAGACUUGCUCGCGAGCUUUACAUUCACAAAAACCAUAUAAAGCCCCUUUGUCUAUGAAGGCAAGAGAUAUAAAAUCUUUGUUGUACUUCCUCGGAAGAUAUGAAGUUCGCUCCAGUAUUCUUUACAAUGACUUAGAAGCAUGAACCAAUUGAAAUUGAACUGGAAAUGUGUGCCAGUCAUCAUCUGCGUCGAUUGCAUGGUGUGUGUACUAUGAAGGAUCUUCAAAUACGAAUUUACAGAUUUGGAACUAGAUCAGACACAAGAUUCAAGUACCAAGAAGGAGAUAACAAUUUACAUGCAGUUUUAGCAGGUAUCUUCUUGAUGUGUACUCAUAAUUAGGUUCUAGCAAGGCCUUUGACCCGAUUAUGUCUUGUUGUCAAAGGCACUGUGUGAGUUAACAUUUAUUGGGCUGAUAACAGGAACUUUGAUCCGAGGAAGAAGGCAAAGUGUACGGAGGCAACUUAUUAUAGUACAGAAGAUGAAAACAUCACAUUAUUAGUUUAUUUUAUUUGUGGGUACCCCUUCCUGUGCUGAAACUUUCGUAAGUUCUGUCCGUUUCCUCAUGGUGCUUUUUAGGUGUUAAUCCAUAUGGAUUCCAUUUCAUCAUCUGUCAAUCAGGAUCUGAGUUCAAAAGCAUUGCCAGCUGGGUGACUUGGUAGUUAUAUUUUCUCUCGAUUCGAUAUUUGAGGCAGUUAUUAUUAAGAAGAAAGGAUGAACCAUUAAGCAUUUGGAGUGUUGUACUUGCUAAGAAGAGCUGAUGGCGAUGUAUCUGUGAUACUGAGAAUCAUUCAGCAAUUUUCUCACGAGUGGUCUCAGGCUCGUUUGGAAUAGAUAUCAGUUCGUUAAAGUUGAAUCUGACAUCAUGGACGUGGUUGAUACUGACGGCCAGAUUAAGAAUUUGGAGGAGAUCCAUUCCUGCAUGUUAUGGUCCGUUAAUUUUGAAUUUUAAAGGUAAUUCCAGACCUGGACACGUUGGUGGUACCUUCACAGCCAAAAUAUUUUCCACUAAGAGGAUUUUGGCGAUAACUUUGGCGAACAUUCAAGCCAUAUUUAUUUUUCUUCCAUGAUGAGCUACACCGGCUACUGCCUCCCUAGAAGAAUCUAUUCAUGCAGCAUUUCACAUCUACCCAAUGUCAUUGUGAAGUAUGGUGAAUUUUUUAUGGUUCGUGCUUCCGUCGGCUGGAAUGGUUGCGAUUUGCUGUACAAGGACAAAGAAAGUCCCAUGGAAGCAUAGGCAAUGCGAGGCCGGACGCAGGCAAUGAUUUCUCUCGGUUGUCCUUUUUUAUCCUCAUUGACGGGAUUUUUCAGUCAUAGAUGAAACAUGCUUGACCCACCCAAAGAUCUGAAGUGGGAGGCCAUUAUUGGUUUAAGGUAUAGCUAUCUGAGUGGUAUUUCAGAAAGAUCUGAGUGGUUUAAAGUGUAGCUAAUUGCACGAUAAGACUGGUGGCGCCAUAGGCGACCAGGGUGGUAGCGGGGUUUCAGAAAGAACAACCUAGGGAGGUAGCUGCUCUAAAAGAUGGUAUUUCCAGUUGUUCUCU